UAUCAUCUUUUCUCUUUAUUUAAUUGUUAAUAGACCAGAAAUCUGAUCACUGAACUCCUCCAAUAUCAAUAUUUUCAAGUGAUUGAAGCUUUCAAUGGAAAAGCAAGAGUUUGAAGAGAUUCAUAACUGCGUGAUCAAGCUGAGAGUGAAGCCUGAAAAGCGGAGAGAAAAAGUGUAUAUAGGAUGUGGAGCUGGGUUUGGAGGAGACAGGCCAAUGGCAGCGCUUAAGCUGCUUCAGAGAGUUGAACCACUUAACUAUCUUGUACUUGAAUGCUUAGCGGAACGUACGCUUGCUGACCGUUUUCAAAUCAUGUUAUCCGGUGGCCAUGGUUACGACUCUCGUAUUUCAGAUUGGAUGCGUUUGCUCUUGCCAUUGGCUGUGGAGAGAGGAACCUGCAUAAUUACCAACAUGGGUGCAAUGGACCCACCUGGCGCUCAAGAGAAGGUUCUAGAAAUUGCCACUAGCCUGGGGCUUAGUGUUCGUGUUGCUGUGACUCAUGAGGUUUCUAUCAAAGAAUCAGGUUCAGGACCCUCAACCGAGAAAUCAUAUAUCAUGGAAGGAGGUAUCAGCACGUAUCUGGGAGCAGCUCCUAUUGUUGAAUGUCUGGAGAAGUACAAGCCAAAUGUAAUUAUUACUUCGCGGGUUGCUGAUGCUGCCUUAUUUUUAGCACCAAUGGUUUAUGAACUAGGUUGGAAUUGGAAUGACUUCGAUCGGCUGGCACAGGGCUCUCUAGCCGGCCAUCUUCUAGAGUGUGGCUGUCAACUCACAGGCGGAUACUUCAUGCAUCCAGGAGAUAAGUAUCGGAACAUAUCUUUUCAGCAUCUCCUUGAUAUUUCUCUUCCUUAUGCUGAAGUUAGCUGUGAUGGGGAAGUAUUUGUGGCAAAGGCAGAGGGUAGUGGUGGGGUUUUAAAUUUCAGUACUUGUGCUCAACAACUUCUUUAUGAAAUUGGAGAUCCAGGUGCUUAUGUCACUCCGGAUGUGGUAAUUGACUUUCGGGAUGUUACUUUUCAUUCCUUAUCAAGCCAUAAAGUUCUCUGUGCUGGAGCAAAACCUUCACCUGGGUCAGUACCUGAUAAAUUCUUGCGGCUGGUUCCAAAGUUCCGUGGAUGGAAGGGAUGGGGUGAGAUAUCUUAUGGAGGACAAGAAUGUGUUAAGCGUGCUAAAGCUGCUGAAUAUUUGGUUAAGUCAUGGAUGGAAGAAUUAUUUCCUGGAGUUAAUCACCAUAUACUUUCUUACAUAAUUGGACUUGAUAGCUUGAAGGCAACCUGCACUGGCAAUGAUCCUUCAUUGUUGUGGGCUAGUCAAGAUAUUAGAUUACGCAUGGAUGGUCUAUUUGAGCUGAAGGAUCAGGCUGUGGAGUUUGCUAAAGAAUUCACUGCUUUAUAUACAAAUGGACCUGCUGGUGGUGGUGGCAUAAGCACUGGACACAAGAAAGAGAUUAUUCUUGAAAAGCAAUUGAUUGGACGUGAACAUGUUUUCUGGCAAACUGGGUUGAAGUGCACUGAUCUAGCAGAUUCAACUACUCAUCAAAUUGCCCUUGCAGAAAAUUUAUCAAAAGCCCAUGUUUUGCAGGAAGCCUUGUUGACAACAAAAGCAAGUCAGGAAUCGUUUUUGGACCAUUUGUCACCAGAAGUUGAUGUUUGUCCUGCUCCAUCUGGCCAGAAGAUUCCUCUUUAUACUGUAUGCCAUAGUAGGGUAGGCGACAAGGGAAAUGACUUGAAUUUCUCGAUUAUCCCGCAUUUCCCUCUGGAUGUAGAGAGGUUGAAGUUGAUCAUAACACCCCAGUGGGUGAAGGAAGUUGUUUCAACUCUUCUGAAUCCCUCUUCAUUUCCUGACUCAGUUGCCAUCAAUAAGAGAGACCAAUGGGUCAAUGAACAUGUAAAAGUAGAAAUUUAUGAAGUUAGAGGAAUCCAUUCUUUGAAUGUUGUGGUUCUAAACAUUCUAGAUGGUGGUGUCAACUGCUCUAGGAGGAUUGAUCGGCAUGGAAAAACCAUAUCAGAUCUUAUUCUGUGCCAGCAAGUUGUGUUGCCUUGAUUGAGUGAUUCAAUCACCAUCAACAUCCUGGGAUAAUUUUCCAUUCUAUUGGGUUAAUUUGCCUGGGAAAACCUACUCAAAUUUCAGAAUUACUUUAUUCGAAA